AUGUCUCAGUACACAGACGAGCCGCGCUUCACCAUCGAGCAGAUCGACCUGCUGCAGAGGCUCCGGCGUACCGGGCAUCCCCGCUCGGAGAUCCUGCACGCGCUCGACACACUGGAGCGGCUUGACCGCGAGCACGGAGACAAGUUCGGUCGCCGGCCCGCCUAUGGGGCCGGCGAAGGGGGCGGACCUCAGCCGGGCGUCUCCGCCUCCACCACCUCGUCUACCUCCACCGUGGCGCCGGCGGCCUCCUCAUCACCACCCAGCGCCGCCACGCAGACGCAGUACCCUUCCGGCCUUUCGCCGUCCCCCAGCAACAACUACGACACGUCUCCCCCGCCGCCUGCCGCCGCCAUUGUGGUGCCCGCCGCUGUCCCUCUGGCGCCGGCCUCCCAUAACGGCCGGGACAGUCUGGCCGCCACGCCCAACGGCAAGCUGUCCCCACCGCGCUACCCCAUGACACCCACUUCGGCCGUGGCCCCACGCCCUUACGCCUUCGAGGCCACGGAGGAGGAGCUGGACAUCGACGACAAGGUUGAGGAGCUCAUGAGGUGAACGGCAGCCGUCGUCAAGGAGGAGAUCAAAGCCUUCUUGAGCAAUCGCCGCAUCUCACAGGCUGUGGUGGCUCAGGUCACAGGAAUCAGUCAGAGCAGGAUCUCGCACUGGCUGCUGCAGCAGGGCUCGGACCUGAGCGAGCAGAAGAAGCGGGCCUUCUACCGCUGGUACCAGCUGGAGAAGACCAGCCCCGGUACGGCGGUGCCCACCCUGAACAUGCGGCCUGCACCCCUGGCCUUGGAAGAGAUGGAGUGGAGGCAGACCCCACCCCCCGUCAGCACCGCGCCUGGAAGCUUCCGUCUGCGACGGGGUCGCUUCACGUGGAGGAAGGAGUGCCUCGCUGUCAUGGAGAGCUACUUCAAUGAGAACCAGUACCCCGACGAGGCCAAAAGAGAGGAGAUUUCAAACGCCUGCAAUGCCGUAAUACAGAAACCGGGCAAGAAGCUGUCUGCUGAGAGGGUCACCUCACUGAAGGUGUACAACUGGUUUGCCAACCGACGGAAGGAAAUCAAGCGAAGAGCCAACAUUGAAGCCACAAUCCUCGAGAGCCAUGGUAUAGAUGUGCAGAGUCCAGGAGGGCACUCCAACAGCGAUGAUGUAGAUGGCAACGACUUCUCUGAGCAGGGCUGUGACGUCAGCUAUUUUGAGAAGAGGGCGGUGACCCGACCCUUUGGCUUCUACAGACUGGAACCGACAUCACCAACACAGGAUGACAGCACCAGCCACAGCGACCACCAGGAUCCCAUUUCCCUGGCUGUGGAGAUGGCCGCCGUCAACCACACCAUCUUGGCACUGUCCCGGCCAGGCACAGUUCCCAGUGACAUCAAGACUGAGGCUCUGGAUGACGACUGAGUUGGGUGGGUGGGUGGGUGUGUGUGUGUGUAUGGG